GCUGCAUUGCUUGGAGGAUGCAGCCAAUCACCUUGAUGACCCCUGCUGCCACUGACCGGAACUGCAAAUUGUCAAAAGGAGGGAAAAAAAAAGUUUCACUUUCCAAACGUCACCGAAAGGAGGAACAGAGAGAGCAUUUGUGGGCAUAUCCACAAGAGACGCUUUGAUCUUUGAAUGCAAAGACCUGUUUUACAAUCCACCACUUCCGAGAAGUGAGGCUAAGCGGCUGCAGCUGACCAACAAUGGACCCGCUGGAUUUCCUGGAGCCUGACGAACUGCUUCGCUUUUUCCAUUGCAAUAAGACAGAAAUGUCUUGCAUGGAGAAGCCGCACACCUUUAUCACCCAGCUCAGGGACCACAACCUGAUUCCAGAGGACAGAUUCAAGAAGAUCAGUCGCAUGAAGAGUAAAGAGAACCUGAAGAAGGCUCUGUAUGAGCUUCUGGACUGGUUUGAGACGCAGCGAGCAGAGCACAUCAAAGUGUUCUGGGGGUCUGUCUUCAAGGAGACCAUCUUGAGCCAUUACUCUACCCUGCGGCUGCUGCGCAACAGCCUCAUGGACGGGUCUUUCCAUUUUCGCUCACAACUGCCCGAAAAAGUGGACGAGGAAGAGACAGACAAAGGGAAAAGGAAGGAGCUUUCAGAGGAGGAGGGUGAAGAGCAGAAGAAAGGAAAAUGGGUGAAAAAGAAGAAAAACCAGAGAAGCAGAAGUGUGUGUGAUGAUGACGAGGAGCAGGCCGAUCCUGGUCCAGCUCCGAGGAAAAAGUCAAAGAAAUUAUGCUUCUCUUCUCCCCUGAAGAAGGGAGAGAAGGGCGACAUUUGGACCUGGCCCAUCUACAAGUACCAGCUGCCGGUGACCUGUGGACAGCAGGAGGGGAUACUGAAGAGAGACAAACUGGCUAAAGGGGAGAAGUGCAUUGUGGUCAAGAAGCAGUGGUUUACUCCCACUCAAUUUGAGAGGUUUGCUGGUAAGCAGAGCUACAAGAACUGGAAGUUGAGCAUUCGAUGUAGGGACACGCCGCUGGGAAAACUUAUCCAGGGAGGCCACCUGAAAUCUGGGAGGUACAAAAGAGAGUUUCAUAAGGCCAAGAAGUCACUGUUCUCAUCGAAUCCUGGAAGCACAGUGCUUGAGGGAGAAGAAGAAGAUGAGGGUGAAAUUGAGGAAAGGGAAGAUCGGGCUUCAUCAAGCAGCCAAGAAAGUUCCGCAGAUGUCACAGAUGAAGAGGGAGAGGCAGAGGAACAGACUGAGCAGCAGUCAGAAGGCAGCCAUGACAGUAGCAAGAAGGUGUUCAAAGUUACAUGUGGAGCUUUGGCUGCAACCUUACACGUACACCGAUUUGCAUCAGGGACUUGUGGGAAGAGUAUUCGUACUGAGACGAGGUGGAUGACCCCAAUGGAGUUUGUGGAGGAGGCCUCGUGUUCAGGCUCCUGGAGGAAAUACAUUGAAUGGGAAGGAAAACCCCUCAGUGUGCUAAAAGAGGCAGGUAUCUUGAAGAUCCACUCACUGCUGUGCCGUUGCACACUGUGCAAACCAGAGUGUGAAGACGCGGAGAAUCAGAAAAACGAUGACGAGUGCUGCAUCUGUAGAAGUGAUGCUGAAAGUUUGGUGGUAUGUGAUCACUGUCCUCGCUCCUUCCACCAAAAAUGUCACCUGCCUCAUAUUGAAGACACCAUUGUGGGGGACAGUCGUCUGUGGAUGUGUACGUUCUGUGUAUUCAAAAGCAACCAAGAAUACUAUUACCGGGAUGAGCUGAAAAUGGAAGCAGCCUUGUCCCGCCAAAUAUCACAACACAUGCUGGAAUGCGAGUAUCUCCUCCUUUAUCUGUGCAGUGCUGACGAGGAACAAACAUUUGCUACGAACCCAAGUCUCUAUUUGCAAGACUACUCCACUGUGAUCGAGACUCCGACGUGGCUGGGCAGCGUAGCAGACAAACUGCAGAAGCAGCUCUACCAGACUGUUGGAGAGUUUGUGUCCGACGUCCAGCUCAUUUUCACCAACUGUGCUUCAUACAACAGAGUGAGAAACAGCCAUUAACAACCUCUAGAGUUGUCAGCAUCUUCACAUGUGGACAAUUCUGAAUUCCUUGCCGAGGGAGACAGACUGAAGAAGUUGUUUGAAGAUGAAUUUAAGAAUGUUUUUAAUAUCCGUGAAUAGACUCUUGAAAAGGUUAAAAAUGUGUAACUGUUAGGAAUUACAGUGUUGUGGUAAGCCUUUUUUUUGACAUAUCCCUUACAUGUGGAUCAAAUAUUCCAAAGGAAGUAAUUGCUAAUCAGGGGACUUUCACUUGAAUGUCAGACAAGUUAUCCAGUUUCACUUAAUGAAUAAACUUGAGAUAUUUAAGUGUUAAUAUAUAUUAACACUUACACUUUUCAUUGAGUAUAUAACAGCUGCUAUAUACUCAAUGGAAAUGUUCGAUUUUUCUUUUUUUUUUUGGACAAACACAAAGUUGGGACGCUGUUUAACAACAGUUUUCCAAAGUGUUCCUGAGCUCAUGUAGUAACAUUCUUUAUACAAUCACGUGUAUAACGAAACGACUGACCCUUUCAAGGACGCCCUGUUCAUACCCAGUCAUGAUGCUAUCACCUGCUAACAAUGCAUGUGUUUACCUGUAGAAUGUUCCAAAGCGGGUUUUUUUUCUUCUAACCAUUGAACAUCUUUCCCAAUUUAACUGUUCAGUUUAACUGUUCAAUUUAACAGAUAAUUCUGUAAGUCAGGAAAGUCGCAGUUUGUCAUAAAAAGUACCCUGUGGGGUGGGUAGUUCCUCUAGUCGUGUAUUUUCAGUUUUUCGGUCUUGAACUUCAAGAACUGUGACUUUAUUGAGUUACAAAAUGAUCUUUUAAACUGGUAAAUGUCAUGUUAAAUCACAUAAAUGUACAUCAUAAACUUUUUUAAAAGAUUUUUUUUUCACUGAAUGAAAUUCCCAGUUUUUGAUAUGUUAGUGUUCAGUACAAGAUUUUUUUUAGAGACAAAGAAUUUUUUUGUACUUUUUUUAUAUGAAUAUUUUAAAG